GUUGUUCCCCAAAUCGACAACCUGGAACCUUCAACUUACGCGGACUGUUCUCCGGCCACCUACCGAGUCGCGACAUCUCGAUACCCGGAUCCGAACCGGCAAUGACCCCGGCCAACGAUCGCAUACCGGGAAAACUCCUGUUUAGCCAUGGCGCUUGAGCCCGGCCGCCGGUCUGUCUCCCCAGACAGCUCUGGCGGCGACUCGCCCGUGCCACGCCAGUGGAGGAACCAGUUGGGGGCAGAGGACGCACCUCCCAAAGACAAACAUCACCGCAAAUAUGCGAGCGGCAUCGAGAGGGCUCUGUCCCUCUUUGACACGGCACUACAAGAAUGGGCCGAUUACAUAUCCUUCUUGAACCGACUGCUUAAGGCACUGCAAGCUCGGCCGUCAUCCGUCUCUACUAUCCCCUCCAAGACGACCGUCGCAAAACGAUUAUCGCAAUGUCUGAACCCCUCACUCCCAUCCGGCGUCCACCAGAAGGCCCUCGAGGUUUAUAAUUAUAUCUUCUCCGUUAUUGGCAAAGACGGAUUGUCCAGGGACUUGCCCUUGUACUUCCCGGGCCUUGCUACGGUCUUGUCCUUCGCCUCGCUCACCGUCCGCGCCCCCUUUCUCGACCUCCUUGAACGCUACUUCUUGGACCUCGACCCUCGCUCGUUGCGGCCAGCCAUGAAAUCCGUCGUCCUUGCGCUGCUACCCGGACUAGAGGAGGAGACAAGUGAGGACUUCGAUCGCACCCUGAGGCUUGUUGAGCGGUUCAAGGCCGCCAUCCGUCCUGCUGCAAGUCAUGAUAUUACGGAAGCUCACUCCUCGGGGGAUGACUUUUUCUGGCAGUGCUUCUUCCUAGCUUCCAUUACCGGCCAUACCCGGAGAACAGGUGCAUUAGCCUACCUCCUGCGCUCCCUGCCGCGCCUAGGCCAUGCGCUGCAGCCGGACUCGACUAAGGCAACGUCCGAUAUGGAGACAUCUACUAAACUCUCCCAACUCGUUACAUCUCCAGAACCUGGACUGCUCAUACGUUGCUUUGCCGCUGGUCUCGCCGAUGAGCAACUUCUCAUUCAGAGAGGUUAUCUAGACCUGCUUGUCACCCAUCUUCCGUUACACUCAGAAGUCCUCCAAGCCAAAGCCAAAGGCGGCGAUCUGGAGCUGCUCCUACGGGCGGCCGCUGGGGUGACAGUGCGCCGAGAUAUGAGCUUAAACAGGCGGUUGUGGUCCUGGUUACUCGGCCCUGAGCCGCCUGCCUCUGCUGAGCACGAUAACGGACCUGAGUCCCCUACCUCCACUUCCACCCAUGCCCACGGCUUCUUCUCCUCAAGAACAAACUACUUUGAGGAAUUUGGUCUGCAACCGCUUACACGAGCGUUGCUUGCCCUAGUCACUUCGGACACUGGCGGUAAUCCCUCCGAGAGGGCAAAACCGUACCGCAUUUGCCUGUCGCUGAUGGACAGGUGGGAAAUUGGAGGGCUGGUUGUGCCGGAGCUCUUCCUCCCCAUCGUGGAUAGCGUGAGGGAGUACAAGACGAAGGCAGCGAGCAAAGCAGACUUCUCCGAGGUUUUGCGCAGUGCCAGCGUGUUUUUCGACGGCGUUGAGAGUGGGUUGAUCUACGGCGAAAUACUGGCCCUAAUGGUACAGGCCGUCGGCCCCGGCGGUGACCUCUCCGUCACGGAACGUAGAGGGAAGCUCGACCUGAUCCAAUUCGUACUGACAAAUUUCAACGUCAGGGAAGAGGAGAUGAUCACCAUUCACGCCCCUCUUACCGCGCUCUCCAUUCUGUGCAUGGUCGAAGAAGCUCACGGUCGUGGCAAGCAUGGGGAUACCUCAACUCCUCUAGAUGCUUCCUUGUCUGAGGUAGCCCUGAACAUCGCUGGGAGCUUACUCGACCUGGUUCCGGAACGGGCAUUCCCAACAGAAACAACGACGGAGUCUACUUUAUCAGCCGAGUCAACGACCCUGGCAGCCUCGCCUAGCACAGAGCUGCUCAAGAAGAUCAGGACGUUUUAUGUGACCGACCAGGGCAGUCUAGAAGCGGCGUCACCCCCCUUUAACUCACAGCACCUAGCUCAGCUUCUCCUACAAAAGGCAUGCGAUCUCGUCUGCUCGUCCCUGGAUCGACGGGAACCCGGGGCAGAGAUGGCUGUGAAGACCAAAGUCCUUGUCCUGCUCCUGCCAAAACUUCCGCAGGCGUUGUCAUUCGACACUAACAAGCUUCUCUCUGCGCUUCAUGACUGCCUCGUAGCCGACGAGCCGAUACCGUUCGCCGUAUAUUCUUCCAUUCUCUCACUCUCAUCGCACAUGUGCUCCGCAAACAGGAUAACCGCAAUCGAGCUCUCGGACCUUGUCGUGCCACUUGUGCGCCACGCAUGGGCGUAUCUCUCAGCAGCCGAGCCAAAGUAUCAUGUCGAGACGACCCGCAGUCUUUGGCUGCUCCAGAGCGCUCUCACUUCUUCGAACCGGGACAUCGAGGCCGCCAUUUGCGCCCUGAUGCUUCAAAACGAUACCGCGGGCACGUUCGCUCAGCGCCCCGCGGAUCCCGGCAGGAGUUUCUGUGUUCUUUGGACACACACUCUUCAGGAUAAUCCUCCUGGGCUGGAGCGAAGGGGUUCUAAAACGACGAAUGGUGACACCAAGGCGCAAACUCGUCUGGCCGGGAUGGACAACUACGAAGUCAUGCUGACUCGGCCUCUGUUUCUGAUGCUCGACGCCCUCACCGACGAGCGGACGCAGCUCUUCAUGACUGUCAAAACUUGGCUCAAUAGUCUCAUCGGGAUGGACAAGCUCUUUGCAAUUUUCGUCACGAAAUUCGCCGAGCUGCCAUUCCUUGGGCGAGAAGAGUCCAAGUCGGCUUCGACCCAGUACACAGAGGACGACGACCUUAGUCUAGCCUUGUAUUAUGUCCGCUCCUUAUCUACCGUUUUGCGCUGGGCGCCCGAAGCGGCCUGGGCAGUUCUUGCAAAGAGGUUUGUCCGGUCGGACGCUUACCAUCCACCACUCUCAGGAAUUACUGGAACGGACGGCGACGUCGCACUCCAGGAGUUGUUCCUUCGCGUCUGCCUGCAAUGCAUGGCCUAUGAUAAGGUUCCUGGCGAAGAAGGAUCGGAGGCGAGGGCGACACAGCUUCACCGCGCUGCCCUAACCGCCCUUCAUCAGAUCCUCCUUAAUCCAUUUGCCGAACAAUUCGCAAAACUCCACCUCGAAAACAUUCUGGUCGGAAAACUCCAGCAGUCUCUUAGCGGUCCUGACCCCUACGUGCAAGUCUUGCUUCUGGAUGUGGUUUACGCCGCUCUCAAGCUCCGAGAGUUGGUACCCGCGGAGCCACCUACUUCUCCUGCCGGCCACGAAAAGCGUCUAGGACAACUAGAAGCGGCAAGAAGCUCCAGAGCAUCUCUAAUUGAGAAACACAUGGUCAUGCAACCGCCGCCCCCAGCGUUACUCAAAUGCAUUCUAGCCGGGCUCAGCUCGCCAAGCAGUAGGCCUGUCUUGGAUAGUUGGGUUGGCUUCCUUACCGAGUGCUUGCCGCUCUACACAGACUCCGUCUUCCAGGUCUUGAUCCCCCUUGUGGAGACCCUCUGCCGCCAAAUCGGGAACACCUUCAAUAGUCUCCAGCGCUUAUUCCGAGCUUCGGAUCAAACACUGUCGCAUGGUGCCGCCGGGCCCGAAACUACGUUGAUCUCUCUUCUGAACGGCCUCGAGCAGGUUCUGGCCAGAGGGCACGACAGGCUACUGGCUGAAGAGGCCAGAGUCCAGGUUGUCAAGAGUCCAGACCAGCCUCAAGGCUUUUUCGGAAACAUGGUGUCGGGCGUGUUCUCGUCUGACGCGCCGCAAGCGCGGAGCGCCACCGCCAAUGACAGGCUUACCGUGCUGCUCGCGUUCCAGGACGCUGUCCGCAUGUGCUUCACCAUUUGGUCGUGGGGACAGGGACGAGACGCGGCAGGGCAGGACGCCACGUCGGGAGCAUCCCUUAACUAUACAUCGCUGCGCAUGCGGAACCGGGCGAGGAGAUUGCUAGAGCAUCUCUUCGCCGCAGAGACACUCGAGUGUCUGGAGACGGUGAUCGGGAUCUGGCGAGGGGCGCUGGAUAGCGCCGACGUGUCCAAGGCCGCCGAGGUGUUCAACCUGCUCCCGGCGCUGGACGGAUCGCGGCCGAAACACACGAUCCCCGCCCUAUUCAACGCCAUCUACAGCCGGACCAACCCGAGCGUGCUAGACCCGUCGAGGAGGUCGACCCUCACGAUCGAACUGCAGGACACGGACCUCGUCAUCUUCCUAGUGGACUACACCCGGUCUCUGGAGGACGACACCAUGGAUGAGAUAUGGCAGGACUGCACGGCGUUCCUCAGGGAUAUCUUGGGCAACCCGUUCCCGCAUCGGCAGACGCUGCCGAGCCUGCUCGAAUUUGCGGCUAUUCUGGGCGAGAAGGUGGACAAUACCAAUUUCGGCGAGCAGCGCAAGAUGCGCCGGGACUUGGCAGAUUUGUUCCUGCGGCUACUUACAGCCAUCUUCACCACUCGUCCAACCAGCUUCGACAGUUCGGGCUCCUCAGGAGCUAUCUCCGAGAAACCGUUGAACACAACUCCUCGACAACCACCCGUGAGACUACCAGCAGAGCGAGCCGACGAUGUAGUCGGCAUCCUCGCCACCAUCGUGCCCAACCUUCCCAAGAUCCUAGUCGAGAACGACCGCAUCCUCACCGCAGCAACGGCCGUCUCGACCAACGUCAUCGCCCCGGCCCUCCGCGCCAAGUCCUUCCCCGACACCGUCUCCAAGACCAUGCUCGCGCUCCUCCAAGAACUCUCCCGCCUCCCGAACAACCAAAAGUCGUGGAAAAAAGACAUCUCCGACGCCUUCAACGACGCGCGCUUCUUCGGCUCCAACCUCGCGCUCGUGCACACGGGGUGGCUGCCCCUCCUCAAGCAAUGGACGGUGGCGGACAAGGAGCGCAUGCCAGAUCUACUAUCCCGCCUAACACCGCCGACGACGGCGGGGAUCGUGUUCGGGGUGGGCGCGACGUCGGCGCGGCUCGAGGCGGACCGCAAGACACAACUCACCCUCCGGCGCGCGGCCGCGCUGGUUUUGGCGUGCGGGCCCGACGCCUUCGUCGCCGACCUGCCGGCCGUCGCCGAGAAGCUGGCGGAACUGCUGGGCGCGAGCGCGACGUCGUCGCCCUCGUCCACCACCCGCGCCGAGGUCUACAUGCUGCUGCGCGCGCUCGUGCUGCGCACCUCGGCCGUGCACCUGGCGCCGCUCUGGCCGGCUGUGAAUGCGGAGCUGCAUGCCGCUGUGGCUUCCGUCGUCGCGCCUGAUCAUAGCCCGGCCUCGGACACGUACGGCAAUGCCUCGGUCAUGCAAGCCUGCAAGCUGCUCGACCUGCUCGUGUGUGUUGCGCCGGACGAGUUCCAGCUGCACGAGUGGCUGUUUGUCACGGACACUGUCGAUGCCGUCUACCGCCCGCAGUUUGGCAGCGGCGGGUACCAGCCCGUGGCGUUGGUGGAUGAGGUGUGUGAGGAGCUGGGCGCGGUCGGGUCCGGGGCGGGGAGCUCGGGCGAGACGGCGGCGCAAGCGGCGGCGACGGCGGCCUCGUCGUCGUCAACGUCGGGCGGGUUGGCCACGUCCGGGCUGAGGCGGCCGUUGUUGGGCACGGCCGGGGGGAUCAGUGAUGAUGUGGGGUUGGAGAGGAAGGAUGAGCUCGUGGCCAAGGUGCUUAGGCCCUUCUUUGGGCAGCUGAGUAUCUAUGCGUUCGAGUCGACGUAUGCGAUGGCGCCGGUGGACUGGGAAGGGUGCGUGGCGGGGUUGGUGAAGGACUUAUUUGAUGAGCGGAGCAUUGUAAGGGGUUUGUAGUCGUAGCGCGGCGUGGUGUGGUAUGGCAUCGCAUGUCUAGAUGGGGUUUAAUAUGA